UAUCGAAUACUUUGUUGAGUACGUUAUGUAUGUGUGAUUGUGAUUGUGUGAUUAUUAAUCAGUUCGAAUUUAAUACCCCAUAAUGCUGGUUGCAGUUUUUCGCUGUUGUUGGAAAUAAUCGGGACAGUGAGACAGUGACGGUGUUUCAUUAAAUGUUUCUGUGCUUUCGACAAUUUGUGUCAUUCAUGUGCUUCUAAUUUAUCGCGAUCAACUAGAAUAGACACAACUUAAAUAUGGAAGAAAUACACAGCAAAGCCAAAGCAAAGAAGAAAAAUCCUUUAGACACUGCUAAUAUAUUUUCAUCAAUAUUUUUUUUUUGGCUUCUUCCAUUUUUUGUGAAAGGUUACAAGAAAGAUCUCACCGAAGAUGAUAUGUAUGAACAUCGAAAUUGCCACGAAUCGGGCAAGUUAGGUGACCAGCUGCAAGUAAAAUGGAAUAAACAACUACGAAAGAAGAAGCCGUCAUUGAUAAAAGCAUGUGCCUCUAGUUUUGUUUUAGAUCUAUUAGGUAUCAAUUGUCUCGUAGUCAUUGCAGAGGUCGUAAGGAUAUCUCAGCCAUUCCUCAUUGCAGAACUUUUAAAAGUGUAUGAGUCCAAGCAGCUAGAUGAAGAAAGAAGUGAAAUCUACCUGUAUGCUUCUUUAAUCGUCCUAACUUCCUUUGUAGCAGCCAACAUGGGGCACAACUUUAAUUUAAGACUUAUGCAGUUAGGUAUGCAAAUGCGUGUGGCAUCAUGCUCCCUCAUAUACAGAAAAGCUCUAAAAUUAAGCAAGUCUGCUUUGGCUGAAACUACGAUAGGACAAAUGGUCAACUUGCUUUCCAACGAUGUGUCCCGAUUUGACUUGGCUGUUUACUUUUUCCAUAACAUAUAUAUAGGGCCGAUAGAAAUAUUAAUUGUUAUGUACUUAUUGUACGUAAAUGUGGGAGGAGCUGCAUUAGCAGGAGCUAUAGUAUUAUUAUUGUUUAUUCCAUUUCAAUCUUGGUUAGGUAAGAAGACAUCACAAUUUAGGCUUCAAACUGCCAACAGAACUGACGAGAGAGUAAGACUGAUGAACGAAAUUAUAGCGGGAAUACAAGUAAUCAAAAUGUACACUUGGGAACAACCAUUUGCUAAAUUAGUAGAAUUUUCUAGGAAGAAGGAGAUGAAGUACAUCCGAUAUACCUCAGUGAUCAGAUCGGUGCUAAUGUCUUGUAUCAUUAUGCUUCACAGGAGUGCUAUAGCAGCUAGUAUACUAGUAUACGUAUUUACUGGAAACGCCUUAACUGCUAGCUAUGCCUAUACCGUAACAUCAUACUACAGGCUUUUGUAUACAGUUACCAAUUUCUUACCCACAGCUAUUUCCCAAGCUGCGGAGUUAUAUGUUUCCUCACGGAGAAUCCAAACAUUUUUAUUAUACGACGAAGUCGAAGACGAGAACUAUAUAGCUUUAGACGAAAAAUCACACAAAGGGAACGGAAUUAAAUCGUUAGAACUUACCAUUAGAAACAAAGAACCAGGCAUUCACCUCAAAAACGCUUCAGCUAAAUGGUUAAAGUCUUCCCCCGAAAAUAAUUUGGAGAAAAUUAACAUGGACGUAACUCCAGGAAAUGUUGUGGCUGUUGUGGGUCCUGUAGGUAGUGGUAAAACUACUUUGUUACACAUUAUUUUAAAGGAACUGGAAUUACAGUCAGGAUCUGUGGACGUCCACGGGGUUGUUUCUUAUGCAUCACAAGAACCUUGGUUAUUUGGUGGUAGUAUCAGACAAAAUAUCAUUUUUGGACAAAAGUUCGAUCAAAGUAAAUACGAUGAAGUAGUUAAAGUAUGCGCUCUACAAAGAGAUUUUACUUUAUUUCCUCAUGGUGAUAGGACUUUAGCUGGGGAAAGAGGGGUGUCACUUAGUGGGGGACAAAGAGCUAGGAUUAAUUUAGCUAGAGCCGUGUAUAAAGACGCUGAUAUAUAUCUACUAGAUGAUCCUUUAUCUGCAGUUGACGCCCAUGUUGGAAAACAACUAUUCGAAGACUGUGUUACCGGGUAUCUUAGUAGCAAAUGUGUAGUUAUAGUAACUCAUCAGUUACAGUACUUAAAAAAACUUAAACACAUAUACUUAAUGAGAGAUGGAAAGGUUAAGUUGUCUGGUACAUAUCAGGAUUUAAAAAAUUCCAAUACAGAAUACAGUAAACUUCUUACUGAUAUAAAGGACGAGGAGGAAACUAGGAAAAUAUCGAGAACAAGAACGCUUUCUAGGGAGGAAGAAAUGUUCGAAGAUAACGAAAUUCAAAUAUUGGCGAAGGAGGCACAAAGUACAGGCAAAAUUUCUGGUCGUGUUUAUAUGAACUAUAUUAGAGCUUCGGGCCAUCUUUUCCAUAUAUUUCUGAUCUGUAUGAUUUUUAUUACCAGUCAGUUUAUGGAGAGUUUCUCUGAGUACUACGUUACUUACUGGGUCAACAUUCAACAAGUGAAUUCCCAAAACCUGACUGAAACAGUUACAUCCAAUUCAAAUAUAACAACAAAUUUAAAUAUAACAUCCAACUCAUCUUUACCGAAAGCGCUGAGAACCACCGUUCAACCUGAAAACCCGUACGAAGGUUGGUGGUUAACGCCCUUGUUCACCAGCGAAUAUACUGCCAUCUACUACUUACUCGUAGUAAUAUCUUUGAUCAUCAUGAUCUUGGGACGGUCACUUUAUUUUUAUCAUUUAUCCUUAACAUCGUCGACAACACUACAUAACCAGAUGUUUCAGAAUAUUAUUUACAGUCCUAUGAGGUUCUUCAACAUCAAUCCUUCUGGAAGAAUAUUAAACAGGUUCUCGAAAGAUAUUGGUGUUAUGGAUGAAAAUUUACCAAUGACUCUUAUGGAUACUGUUCAGAUUGGCUUAUAUGUUUUCUCUAUCUGUUUGGUAAUUGGCAGUCUAACCAUAUGGAUUGUUAUACCAACUGUAUUGCUUGCUGUAUUGUUCUACCUAAUGAGGAUAGUUUUCGUCCAAACCAGUAGAGAUGUUAAGCGAAUAGAAGCUGUUACCAGAAGUCCAAUUUUCACACAUCUUUCUGCAUCAUUACAAGGUCUGACAACAAUUAGAGCUUUUAAAGCCCAAGAAAUACUCAAAAAGGAAUUUGACAAUUAUCAAAAUUUGAAUACUUCGGCUUAUUUCAUCUUCGCAGGUGCUAACAGAACGUUUGGAUUUUGGCUUGAUUUUGUUUGUGUGGUUUAUAUUGGAUUGGUACUGGCAGCUUUAUUAUUGAUUAAAAGUGAGCAAUUUGGAGGUAAUAUAGGUCUAGCACUCUCACAGGCUAUGGCUUUAAUGGGCAUGUUCCAAUGGGGAAUGCGACAGUGGAGCGAGUUUGAAAAUCAGAUGACGUCUGUGGAAAGAGUACAAGAAUACGCAGAUCUAAAGCAAGAAAAAGACCAACCCUCGAACAAACCACGAGAAACCUGGCCAGAAAAAGGAGAAGUAGAGUUCAGCAACAUGUCGUUGAAAUAUUCUCCUGAUGAUCCAUUUGUGUUGAAAAACCUGACUUUUGUGGUCAAACCUAAAGAAAAAGUUGGUAUAGUAGGACGAACUGGAGCUGGAAAGUCUUCUUUGAUUCAAGCUUUGUUCCGACUAACUCACAUUGAAGGCAGUAUUCUUAUCGAUGGUGUUGAUACGAAGACUAUCUGUUUGAAAAAACUUAGGUCAAAUAUUUCUAUAAUACCGCAGGAGCCCGUGCUGUUUUCUGGAACGUUGCGAAAAAACUUGGAUCCUUUUGACGAAUACAAAGACGAGGUUCUGUGGAGCGCCCUGGAAGAAGUUGAACUGAAACACGCCGUCCAAGAAUUGCCAGCUGGUCUGGACAAUAAAAUGGCGGAAGGAGGUUCCAAUUUCAGUGUAGGCCAAAGACAGUUGCUAUGUCUAGCCAGAGCUAUAAUACGAAACAACAAAAUUCUGGUAUUAGAUGAAGCCACAGCGAACGUAGAUCCGCACACAGAUGGAUUGAUCCAAAUGACCAUCCGGAAGAAAUUCGAAAACUGUACAGUGUUGACAAUUGCGCAUAGAUUACAUACUAUAAUGGAUUCAGAUAAAGUUUUGGUGAUGGAUGCUGGGAAAAUGGUGGAGUUUGAUCAUCCGCAUUCGCUAUUGCAGAAUAAACAAGGGACUUUCUAUUCAUUAGUGAUGAAGACGGGCAAGGGGACGGCUCAAACUCUAAUGUCAAUAGCAGAAGAAAGCCAGAAAACUAAAUAGAGACUAAGCAUACAUUUUAGUAUUGAAAUUAAUUAAUAAUUAAUUAAUUAUCUCCAAUUAAUUCUCUUUAAAUAUACAUAAUAGAGAAUUUAAAAUUUCCAGUGAAAGUAUUUUUGUAUUAAUGUAACAUAUACAUUGUUCCUAUUAGUUGUAUGUAUAUAAGAUAGGUAGGAAUUCUUGAAUAAUUGACCAGUGUUUAAACGCUUAUGACAUCACAAUAUGGUGCUUAGUUUAGUGUAACAAACCUAUAGAUAUGUAAAUUUAAAAAGUUAUGAGGGGCUGCUACUUAUAUUUUAGGACAAACUAUAGGAAACUUUUUUUAUUUAUUAGAGCAGUAAUCAGCGGUAAAAACUGUAAAACCGUGGAAUUUUAAGAAUCAACACCGAUUUUAAUGAAAAUUUGGAUGUAAGCUCGAUUGACCCUCUUUUUCAAAAACUACCCUAUUACCAUAGGGUAGUACCAUAGGUUUCUGUCCUGGGGGCUUUUGUCCCGGGGAUGAAAACAAUACCAUCGAGGAAAUGAAAUUUUUUUCAAUCAAAAUAACUAUGGAAGUCGAUAGAUAUGGAGGUCGGAAGUAAUUAUGAUUCAAAAACAAAAAAAAUAAAAAUUUUCAGUAAACAAAAUCCUACAAUGAAUAUUUAAAUUAUUGUUGCAUAUUAUGAAUACUUAUAGAUUUAUUUAAGAAAAAUGCACUUUUUUUUUAAUUAUAAUAAUGUCAUUUUCGAUUGAAUGAAAAACUUUUUCUAAACUUAGCAUUCCAAACCGGUCAAAUCACGUGGAUCGUAUCAACUAUACCUAAAUAAAGUUAAUUUGAAGAGGGAAGCUAUUCAUUUCUAUUAGGAUUGUAAUGACGAGUGUUUAAUUGUUACAUUCCGAAAAAAAGCAGGGAUCGACUUUAUUUUCGUCAUAAGUCAGUCAGUUCUUAUGCAAAAAAAGCUUUUAUCCGAGCUCAUUUGAAAGGUUUUUUAGUGAACUUCUAAACAUGUCUGUUAAGUUUUCCCAAAAAAUUGCACCACAUUUGAGUUAUUUGAAACUAAAGGUUCUCCAUUUCGAGAUUUUUUCGUUUUUUUCUGUCACAUACAAUUUAAUGCGUUAGAAUGAAAUCGAAAAACUGUGACGCACUGAAAGAUGCUCAUGAGAAAAAGCAUAUAAUAUAUGCUGUACAUAUUAUGUAGGUUAUUUCCCGCACAUUACUCUGCUUUGUAGUAUCAAUUAAUUCAGUAACUCAAAAGGCUUUGUUCUUUUGAGCCUUUUCACUAUAUCCUUGGUGUCCAGGAGAUAGAUGGUUUCGACGUUCACAUGUUGAAUUAGCCGCUGUUCGUGACCGCCGGUAAUUUUAUACGUGGUUUAAUUCACAGUAUUAAUUUUAAGGUCUCAAUAGAUAUCACCAUUUUGACAAUACCAAGGUGCAUCGACGAUGUUCCUCAGUGUCUUGUUUUGGAAUCGCUGUAUAACUGUAGUGUUUCUUUUACUGGUACAUUCCCAAAGUUGUAUGCCAUAGGUCCAGAUAGGAUUUAGUAUUUGCUUAUAUCGAAUCAGUUUAUUGUACGUGGUUAACUUUUAACUUUUGCGUAGCAAUCGGUAAAUCUUUUUGUACUUUAUUCCAAGCUCUGGUCGUUUCUGUUUUAUGUGAGAUUUAUAGUGGAGCCUCACGUCAAGGGUCAUGUCCAGGUGUUUUGCUGUGUUAGCAUAAUAUGAAAUCUUAUGAUAACUAAUGUUAAUCUUUGAAUAUUAAUUUGUGUUUCAAUAGAUUCCUCGUCAAGAUACAUUUUUUGCACGAACCAACAAACAUCAAAAUAUUUUGAACAUGUCAACCAGUUUUGCAGGAUUGUUUAACAUUCGAACAAUAUCAAAAGUGACUUAAAAACAUUAAAAGCCUAUAGAAAGCAUUAGUCGUUAAAACGUUAAGAACAAUAUAUUUUUUAAAUGUUUUUUAAUUUAUAAAUAUUGUAAAAACGAUUUAAAUAUUGGAAAUUAAAACGUGAAAACAAAAGUAAAAUUUAAUUCUCAUUACAAUAAAUUGUGGUUUAAUCGCAUAGAAAUACAAUAUUUAGGUCUACUUUUAUUCUACUACUUUUACUCUAUUAAAUAGCUGUUAAAUGUUCAGUGAUAAACAAUGUGUAUUGAAGAAAUGCUGUCAUUUCAAAGGACUUUUCAACGAUUGUCAUUUGUUUCGAGCUUCUGCCAUAUACGUUGUAUAAUCUGUGUAUAAUAUUAAUAUACACGGAUUAUACGACAUAUGAUAGAAGCUCGAAACAAAUGACAAUCGUUGAAAAGCCCUAUUUCUUCUUUUCAAUUCAAAGUAUACACAUACAGCUAUAUAAUAUAAUACAAGUAUAUGUUCUAUGAGUAGAACCUAUACUCACCUAUAAAUACACUCCUAGCCAAAAAAAGCGGGACACCUUAAAAAUGGGUCAUUUUUAAUAUCUCGAAUUUACUAAACCUGUUGUCAGAUUUUAGUGAUUUUUUUAAAUAGCCUUAUUCUCUAAGAAUAUGGAUGUAGUAAUAGUGUUGCUGAACAGGUAAAUGUCAUUGUAUACCGGGUGUAAGAAUAAUACUGUGUUUUUUCCUGAAAGUUCCUAACACCCUGUGGAAUAUUCUAGCAUUUAAAAAAUAUUGAAAUUAAAACUCAAUUGUAGCCUUAGCCUUUCUUAACAUUCUGCUUUUUGACUCAUUCAAUUUUGUUGGACAAUGAAAAAGUUAGGUACUUUGACACCUAGCCAUGUUCUUCAUCAAUACAGGGUGUUUCUAAAUAAGUGCGACAAACUUUAAGGGGUAAUUCUGCAUGAAAAAAUAAUGACCGUCUGAUUCAUAAACAUAUUUCUGCAAGUGCUUCGUUUCCGAGAUACAGGAUGUUUAAUUUUUUCUUACACACUGACGAUUUAUUCAUUGCUCUAAAACCGGUUGAGAUAUGCAAAUGAAAUUUGGUGGGUUUUAAGAGGCACUUAUUGCGCAUUUUUGACAUACAAUUAUGUAUUUUAUAUUCACCAUCGGUGUGCAUACGGGUCAUAUUACCUGUAUACACGCCAAUGGUGAAUUUAAAAUUUUUAGUCGUAUGUAAAAAAAAAGGGAAAUAACUACUACUUAAAGCAUAUCUCAACCGGUCUUAAGAGCAAUAAAUAAAUCGUCAGUUUGAAACAAAAAAUUCAACAUCCCGUAUCUCGGAAACGAAGCAUUUGCUGACAUAUGUUUAUAAAGCAAACUGUCAUUAUUUGUUCAUGCAGAAUUAACCCUUAAAGUUUGUCGCACUUAUAUAGAAACAACCUGUAUUGAUGAAGAACAUGGCUAGUUGUCAAGGUACCUAACUUUUUAAUUAUCCAACAUAAGUGAAUGAGUCAAAAAGCAGAAUAUUAAGAAAGGCUAAGGCUACAAGUGAGUUUUAAUUUCAAUAUUUUUUAAAUACUAGAAUAUUCCACAGGGUGUUACGAACUUUCAGGAAAAAACACCGUGUUAUUGUUAAACCCGGUAUAAAAUGACAUUUACCUGUUCAGAAACACUAAUACUAAAUAGAUAUUCUUAGACUAUUACUAAAUCGAUAUUCUUAGAGAAUAAGGCUAUAACAUAUUGAAAAAAUCACUAAAAUCGGACAACAGGUUUAGGAGAUUCGAGACAUCAAAAAUGACCCAUUUUUAACGUGUCUCGAUUUUUUUGGCCAGGAGUGUAGAACCUAUACUACCUAUAAAUUCGUAAAUAUCAUACAUGUACCUAGUACCUACAAAGAAUCUUAUUUGUAAAACAUUAAAAGGGUAAACCCUGUAGUUUACUUCAUUCUACGUAAUCUUAUUUGUACAUAAACAUUUAUUUUAAGUAGUUAAUCACCAAAACGUCAAACUUCAUGUUGCUGAUGUCCAAUUUGACUGUUUGACUGGUGUUACCGUAUCCAUAAAUUUAAGUAGCAGCACUUGUAUCAAAAAGUCAUUCUAGAGUUUAAGUUAAUAAAGAAUCUGUAAGAUUAAACCAAAAAGACGACGAACAUAAUAAAGGUGCCUUAUUUUUUC